CAGAGAGAGGCUGGCUUUGGUUUCUCCGGCGAACUCAGAUCAAGAAAACCAAGGGAAAAUGCUGUCGCUUCGAUCAGUCCUUCGUCGGAACCGGUUAAUAGCUUCGGCUCUGCUACCGCAGUCUUGUUUCUACUCUACUCUUUCAGUUGCAGCUGUCGAAGCUGAAAGGAGUAUUAGGGAAGGUCCGAGAAAUGAUUGGACGCGGGAAGAAAUCAAAUCCAUCUACGAUUCUCCUGUUCUUGAUCUCCUCUUCCACGGAGCUCAAGUCCACAGGCAUGCUCAUAACUUCAGGGAAGUGCAGCAGUGCACCCUCCUUUCCAUCAAGACUGGUGGAUGUAGUGAGGAUUGUUCAUAUUGUCCGCAGUCUUCAAGGUAUAAUACUGGAGUCAAGGGGCAGAAGCUUAUGACCAAGGAUGCUGUAAUGGAGGCAGCAAAAAGGGCAAAAGAGGCUGGUAGUACACGUUUUUGCAUGGGUGCUGCCUGGAGAGACACAGUAGGGAGGAAGACCAACUUCAACCAAAUUCUUGAAUAUGUAAAAGAAAUUAGGGAUAUGGGGAUGGAGGCUUGUUGCACCCUAGGAAUGCUUGAAAAGCAACAGGCUCUUGAACUCAAAAAGGCAGGUCUUACAGCUUAUAAUCAUAACCUUGAUACCUCAAGAGAAUAUUACCCAAGCAUUAUCACCACAAGGUCAUAUGAUGAGCGCUUGGAGACCCUUCAGUAUGUCCGUGAAGCAGGAAUUAAUGUCUGUUCAGGGGGAAUUAUUGGACUUGGAGAAGCAGACGAGGACCGAGUUGGUUUGCUGCAUACAUUGGCAACACUCCCCACUCAUCCAGAGAGUGUUCCCAUCAAUGCCUUGCUUGCAGUGAAAGGCACACCUCUUCAAGAUCAGAAGCCGGUUGAAAUAUGGGAGAUGAUUCGGAUGAUUGCCACUGCACGUAUAGUCAUGCCAAGAGCAAUGGUCAGGCUGUCAGCUGGCAGAGUUCGCUUCUCCAUGCCUGAGCAAACCUUGUGCUUUCUUGCUGGUGCAAAUUCAAUCUUCACUGGUGAGAAGCUGUUGACGACUCCCAACAAUGAUUUUGAUGCGGACCAACAAAUGUUCAAAAUCCUUGGAUUGAUUCCAAAACCUCCAAGCUUUUCUGAAGAUAAAGAAAAUAAUUUGGAGGAAGAGACUUGUGCAGAAGCUCUUUCCAGUUCAAGCUGAGAGUUCAAAGUCCAGAAAUGUUUUUGUGACUUUAUUCUAGCACAUUUUAGGAACCAUUGUUGUGUGGAAUUACCGUACAAUAGAAUGCUGUUUGUAUUUGUAGCAUUCCAUUCUUCAUCAUAAACUUGAAUUAUGUAUCUCUAAGUCCUUGACUAAAUUGAAAGAUUGGUAGUCAUUGUAUAAGCUAAGUUCUCACAAUUUUCUCCGAUAAAUAGAUGAAAAUAUAUUUUUCAGAAAUAAUCAGCAAUCAGUGAU